AUGGGUUGGUUCUGGGCAGACGCCGCUCCCGCUGCUGCGGUUCCUGUUGGUCAUCCAGCGACUACCGACAAGGCUCCUCCACCUGGAUGUCCCAUGCACCAAAAGUCCGCCGAUGCCUUGAAUCCUGCUGCUAAGCCUAAGCCCGCCGAGAUUCCUCCUCCCACUUCAGGAUGUCCUGUUCCUCAUGCUGCUCGAACCGAGGAGAAGCCCAAGUCUUUGAUCUCCCAGCUCAACCCUCUCAACUACAUGUUCCCCGAUCUUUCUCAGAAGCCUGCACCCAACCAGGAAUUCGCUCUACCGACCAGCCGAGAUGAGUCUACCAUUCCUAAGGGCUCCGGUGAUGGCAACUGGGAGUACCCAUCUCCUCAGCAAAUGUACAAUGCGCUUUUGCGCAAGGGCUACACUGAUACCGAUAUCACUGCCGUUGAGGGCAUGGUUUCGGUGCACAACUUUCUUAAUGAGGGCGCAUGGCAGGAGAUUCUGGGCUGGGAGCAACGAUUUGCGCGGGGUCUUAUCAAGGGCUGGCAAAUCUGCAAGAGAGGCGAGAGUCAUGUUGAAGAAGAACUCAACAAGCACUGGGACGGUGUCAGCACUGAGCCAAGUCUUGUCCGCUUCCAGGGUCGACCCAAGGAGUUGACUCCCAAGGCCCAUAUGAUGCAGGUUUUGGGCAUGCUUUAUCCCUCUAAGUUCGGCACCGAGCCUCCUUUUGAUCGACAUGACUGGUACGUCGCGCGCGAGAUGAAUGGCCAGAGAAAGGAGAUUCGAUACGUUAUCGACUACUACUCUGGUGAGCCUGAUGCUGAUGGCGAGCCUGUCUUCUUUCUUGAUGUUCGUCCUGCUGCUACUCCUUUGGGCGCGGCCGAGCGCAUUAUCCGUUGGAGUACCGAUACCUGGUGGAAGGCCAUUGGUGGCGACAGACAUGAGCAGGACCCUACGCCUUGGUUCCGCGGCUCUUCUUAG